AUGGCUGAGAAAGUAGGUUUAAUGCCAAAAGAUGAAGAGGAGAUCCAAAAUAACGGUGAUGAAGACCCAUUCCAGAACUGUGAUGCCGUGACAGCAUGCUCCAGCUGUCCUGCCAGUUCUUUGCUAGCCAAUCUUCAUGAAGGCAAGGGAAGCUCAGCAGCGCCAGAAGGACCAUCCAUUCUCUCUAGCCUGGCCAUGGUCCAAGAGAAAGCCCCUGCUGGACCAGAGAUCAUCAAUGGUGACAAGGCACAAAGCACAGCCUCUGGGUUCUCUGAGUAUCUUUCAACAGAUGUCAGUGUGUCAUUAGGUGGCUUGUCUCAUCUCGUGGCAGUUUGUAAGCUGGAGUCUGUGGCCAUAUCCUCUCCAUGCACAGAAAGCCUUUGCUGGGACUGCAGCCAAAAUUCAGAAGAGUCGCAGCUCCCAAGGGCCUCUAGCAGCUCUCAUGAGCCACGAACUAUCACUGCCCUGCUAGUAAGCAAAUUCAGUUGCUGUCAUGCAGGGGCUUGUAAUAUGCAGCACACUUGCAGUGGCACAGAGGAUGAUACAGUCCCUUGUAGCCUGGGCCAGGCAAUUUGGAUGAAGACCACAAAAGUAAUGGAGACCUUAGAAAAGAGGAAAAAGGAGGAAAAGGAGAAGUAUCGACUCCAGAUAGCUAUGUAUCGAAGACUUCUGCUGUUGCGCUCAAUCAGGAGCUUGCAUAAGCAGCUGGAGCAGCAGCAGGCCAGAUUGCAGGAAUGCUAUGGUACAGUAAUAAAUACCAAGAAAGAAGUGUUGAAACACAUUCGCUCAGCCUCGCCCUCACCCGCACCAUAA